AUGAAGAAGACAGCGUUGUGGAGAAACAACAGCACUACGCUGUCCAAUGGUGAUAACAGUAGCAAUAGCACGUCAACGACUACAACUACAACUACAACUACAUCAACAAGUAGUACGAAGUCAGCCAAAGCAUCGACUACAAGUCGUACUUCGUCUGGUGCUACAUCACUUAAUAGUAAUCGAGGGAGUCAAGGCAGUCGACGUAGUGCAGGAAGCACUUCACCGGAAGGCGACAAGCUCCCGCCUGGAUGGACGCGCAAGGAAAGCAAGUCUCAAAAAGGUCGCUACUAUUUCAUCUCCCCUGCCGGAAAGACACAAUGGGUUCCUCCCGUAACAAAAACUUCGAGCGGUAAGAUUAAAAAGGUAUUUAAUUGGGUGAACGAGGUGGAGAUUUGCUUCCAGGAAGGACGACUUGGCGUUAGUUUGCGAGAAGUCCAUCAGAUGGAGACUAUUUUGUACUCGCAGUUCCAGGCAGAAGUGGACGAUUUGCCAAAAAUAAAUGGUAAAGCUGGACCCGCAGAGCUUCAUAACUGGAGCGUUAAACCUCACAAACGAUUAACAAUUGGCAUGCGCGUUAUCAGCAUUGAAGACGUGUCACUGGCUGGGCUUACGUAUAAAGAGGUUGUAUCAAAGCUGAAACACGCAUCUCGACCUGUCCGCAUUAAAUUCGCAGAUGUACAGAAGGGCACAGUGGAGGAAAAUGGCGGUCGCAAGUCUGAUGGUGAAAAAGUGAAUAAGGCGGCUGCUAACAACUCACUUAAUACAGGAUAUGGAAACUCUAGUGCUUACAUGCAGCAGAAGCAAGAGUAUACGCGUGUGCUUGUGACGGGAGAGCUGCAUACCGAGAUGUGGACGAUCGAAAACAAGAAGCUGUUAAGAUCAAUAUCACGCAUGCAGCACAAAUGGAGUACAGUGUCGAGUGAAUUUGAUAUCUUGAAUGCGAAGCGAAUGGAGUUGCGAAAAGAAUACGAGAGCCUGAAAAAGGACAAGGAAAAAUACCAAACAAUGAUGAAAAAUCUUAAGUUGCAGGAAACUGACGCCAUGGAAAAUCCAGAACUUGUAAAGGCAAACGAAUUGACCCAGCGAAAUACCGAACUAAACGAUGACAUUUCAAAAAUGGGGGCUGGCAACAAGCGACUUCGGAAAGAAAGAGACACAUUGCAGGCUCAACUCGAGGAUUUAGAAAAGCAGCUGGCAAAAGUAGAGCAGACGGACAAGGGUGAAGACGAAGAUCGCGCGACAGAAGAAGAUAUUUUUAAUAUUGAACCUACGGCGUCGCCGAAGGAACAAUUGUCAGCACUGAAGAAAAAGAGGCGUGGACUGGAAGACGAAUUGAAUAAAGAGCAGCUGAAAGCGAAUAAGAUCCAGAAGGAGAUUGAGCAGCUUACAAAACACUAUGCUAGUUUGAGUAAAGAGGAAUCGGGCGUGGGUUUACCUACUUCUUUGUCAUCUACGUCACAUCAAGCGCAUGAUAAUGAGCCGAGUUCGGGUGGGCACCAAGCAAAGACGAGUAACAGUAUCGGUUCCAGCAAGCCGAAAUCUGAGUUUGCUGAGCUUGAGGCCAAGAUACUGGAGCUGCGAAAGAAGCAACGCGCUGUGGUAGAUACGCUUUCCAAAGCAGCCCAGGCUGGUGAUCAAAAACUUGCGAAAGAGUGUCAGCGAAAGCGUAAAAAAAUCAAACACGAGCUUAAGGAAGCGCAGGAUGAACUUCACAGGAUCAAAACCAAAGGCAAGUCAGGGUCGCCAUCAUCACGGACUGACUCUUCUGUCAACGAGAAAGCAUCAGACGAAAAGAUCACGCACUCAAGUCGUCAAACCCCGUCGUCAUCUACGAAGAAGUCACGGCAAGACAACUCAAGUCUGUCAUCUAAUGAAGCGAAAAGCGUGGAUACUGCCGCAACUUCUGGCAGUUCACGUGGAAAGCUACCAACAUUGAGUGGCUUUUUAGAUAAAGGCCCUACAGAAUGGGCUGACCGCGGCAUCAUUAGCGGUAUGAAGGCCAUGCGGGGCUCACGGGAGCGGUGGUGUAUCAUCACCCCCGAUGGAUAUCUUAAGUACUACAAGCGGCGUGGUGACUCAGUCGCACGUGGAGAGAUUCAUUUGGCUGACAAAAGCUUCGAGGUUGUUUGCGAGGACCUCCGACACGGCAAGGAGUUUGUGCUGAGUACAGAUGAGCAGCAAUCACAUUUCUUUACCAAAAGUUCGCAGGAGCUAAACAAUUGGGUGAAAACUUUGCGUGCUGCAAACGCCUAUUUACUUAAGUCAGCUGCGCCGCCGCUACCACCAGUUCGGUCUCGAGGCGACAAGGAUAAAUUGACUCACACCGACAAGCAAAUCGAAGAAUUCAAUCUUGACGGGCUAUGGUGCCUUUCACUUAAUGCGCUUGGGGUCCCGCUACGUCAACAUGUAAACAUGUAA